AUGACACCCACAGGCCGAAUCCUCAACGCCGGGCCCUUGCGAUCAGGCAUCCCCCAGGACCUUCUCCUUCCGCUUCGCAACGCCACACACGGAGACGGCCAGGUCACCCGCCCCGCGGCGGCGGCGCACGCUCGCGCGCGUAUCCCCGAGCCUACGACGUCCUCCCGGCGCAGCGUAGACGCUCUGGAGUCCCCCAAGCCCGCCAUCACACGCAAAUGCGCCAUGCCCUCUCAGCAAAAGGGGCAAAUUACAAAAGUCUACGCGCCAAAAGGCCUAUUACCUGCGAGCACUGCAGCGAAGCAUCCCCGCAACCGCUGCCUUCUACCGCCGCCCUAG